AUGCCUUACCGAUGGUGGCAAAUUGCUAUUAGCUAUCUGUUGCAAAGGCAAACGGCGAACCAGGGUCCACCACUUGUGAUACUGUCAGGUAUCGUUAGUCGCACCCGCAAGCCCCGGGGUAGCAGCGGCAACUCUGAGGUCAAAGAUGAAGCUCCGCCAACAUCACAAAUUGCAAUGCAUGAAGGGGUCCAAGCAGCAGGAUCAGGAUCUCUCGAUCAGACUGGAGGUUGCGAGACUAACGAGCUGCUCUGGCCAGCCAUGCCACCUAGCGUGCUUGAACUAGGAAGAUCUCCAAGCAGUGGAGAAGCCAAAACAGUUCAACAAAGUCGGCCAACCAGCUCGCAAACUUCUAGGCGUUUUUGCAAAUGCUUCAAUCCUUAUGAUGACUCAAACGGUCACUUUUACUCCGUCAAUCAACUCUUCACUCAAGGCGUUUGGAUUGGCUAUCUAGCACCAGACCGACAUAAGGAGUCGUUUCGGGGACUUCCUUCAUUCAAUGUGUUGAAAUCCAACUGUGCCAAGCUUAUUGCGCCAUAUCCCAAAGCAACACAGGGCUUGGUAGGGCAAAUCCGCCAUGCUGUUUGUCGGGGAUGCGUUUCGGCUACUUCAAAGGUGUUCGAAUUGAGAGAAGUUCAGUUCUACGGCAAGUCUAAACUGGUAAUCAUGCCGCUUGAUGGUGACGAUGAAGCUGGGGUUUUCGCCAUCAUGUUGCCACAGAAGCAUGACAGAAGUCUGCACGGUCUUCAAUCCUACCGGCCUUACAAAAUGAUUGAAAGUGAAAAUGGACAAGAUUUUUCCAACGACUACGAAGUUCUCACGCUCCGUAACCUUGACAGCAGUGCUGAUGUACUAGCUACAGCUCUCGACGUACUGCCACUGCCAGGGCGUACUGGGACUGCCGUGGAGGUGAAGAAGCGGUCAGUGUCGGAUUCAAAUUACAUCUAUGACACUUCGACUCUUUCUGUAUCGAGUAUGACAGACACUUCGAAGCCAACAACGCGAACGCUAGAAGAGGGAGAAAUCAGAGAAGACGAUGUACAAAAAGAUGAGUCGAUCAAAACAAAGCGACAGAGAAGUAGCACAACGACCUCGCGCAAGUCCGAUACCAUAGAGGAGGGAAAACCCAGUGACUACGAUAGACCUGCAUAUCCAGAUACUGGAGGUUUCGUGGAGACGUCCCUUGAUUGUGGUGCCCAGAGCCCAGUAACAUCCACCUCAAACCUACCUCCGCGAGUCGCGAAACGCCAUUUAUCCUGUGAGACAGUACAUCCCGAGCUCACCAAGGAACAAGCUGACCGCAUAUACAUCAUUUGGUUAGUCAAAGACCGAGAUCUAGAAUAUGAGUUCGUCCACACGAUUGGUGAAUGCAAGACCUUCGUAGGCCUACUCAGACUGCUGGAAGAAGACACAGAGGCCAUCCCGUCAAUUGCUGAGAUUCUAAAAAGAACAAAGACUUGGCGCUUGUGCUGCAGUCUUGACGGUCAUGGUGGUAUGAACAAGGCGCUAAUCGCCCGUGAAGGAAAGGAGGCUGCAUUUGACCGACUGCAGACUAUACUCACAGAAGCCCCUUUCUGGAGCAUGAACUCGCAUGGUCGAGUUCAUGUCGAACUCAGGUCUUUGGGCUGA